UUUCAGUUGCACUUGUAACCAAACACUUCCUAAAUUCCUUUCAAGUCUUACUGGUUCGCAAGUGCUCCAAGAAGUCUCGCAUAAAUCAGCCGUCCUUUCUAGUCCUCGUAAGUUCUCUGUGAAUACCAGAAAAGAAAAGCGACAUCCAUGGAAGAACCUAGACCUCCUCAAACCACACCACCCACUCAACCCUCAAUUCCAAACCCGUCAAACACAGCCCAAAACCUCCCACCCCAUCCUCCUCCUCCUCCUGUUCCACCCAAGAACAAGAAGAGACCGCUCGACAGCAAUGCGAACCUCCAGAACUCCAAGUACUUCAAGAUGCGAGCAGUCCUCAAAGACCUUCGACCACAUUUCAUCGAGGUUCUACGGACCCCUGACUUCCAAAAUUGCAAGGCAGCUCAUGAAAUUCGAGAACAGAUGAAUCUUCUGAUGGAUCUAUACAAGGAGAUGACAGCAGAAUCAAUCACGAUCAAGAAGUGUAAGAAUGUGACACGAGAAGAUCAGCCUUUACCUAGUGAUGUCCAGGAUGGCAAAGACACCAGAGGACCGCACCAAAACGUCAAGGCAGCGGAAGAGAAGCCUGUUCUGUUGGGGAGUAUAUCUGAGAUGCGGCAAUCCGAAGAUGGUCGGAUUGUCGGGACAUAUGUCAUUGGAGGAUCAGCUUUUGGUUGGAAUUUCAUCACUUUUCCUGGCAAUAAAUCAGUCUAUUAUGGCAGAACAAAGGAGUCAUUCCGGACUGCAAAUGUAACUCCUCCAUAAGGCCCCAUUCGUAGCAAGCAAAGAACUCUCUCUCUCUCUUUCCCCUUGUUGGCUGUCAUGGAUGAAAAAUGCUUGUUAGGAGCUCCCCAUAUUGUUAAUGGGGGGAGGGGGAUUUAAAUAGAUAAACUGUAUCAACUGUAAAAGUUGUAAAUCUUUCUUUGAAUGAUUGUUAAACCAUUUUAGUUUUUCUAA